UCCAGCUGCUAAUUUAUUGCAGGUUUAAAUGUAAACGUUAGUCGUUCUCUUUUUUUUUCCACAUGCUCGCAGAACCCUUAAUCACGUAUGUGCUCGCAGCAUCAAAGCAGAACUUGUGUCUGGUGACAGAGGAAGGCAAUAGCGGAUGGAGUCUGACUGACAGAUAUCAGUAGGCUGCUGUCGCACGGAGGUUUCCGGAGUUGUUCCAGAACGGUCUGUCACUCCAUCGCGCAAUGAAGGACCAGAACUGCUCCGAAGAAGUUACAAAAAUACUGGAGGAGGCCCCCACUGCUCGCAAAGCACUUUUAGACAACUACAAUAAUUUAUACAAAGUAGCGGAGUACUGCGAGACCAACUACCUGCAGUCUGGAAAUGACGGCAACAAAGCCCUGGAGGAGACCAAGGCCUUCACGACUCAGUCCUUGGCUAGUGUGGCCUAUCAGAUCAGCUCUAUGGCCACCAACGUGCUCAAGCUUCUGGAUGCACAAACCCUGCAGCUCCGCAAGAUAGAGUCCUCCAUCAACCAGAUCGGACAGACAGUGGACAUGCACAGGGAGAAGGUGGCCCGCAGAGAGAUCGGCGCUUUCACAGUUGCCAAGAGGGUUCCACGCAGUCAUAAGGUUGUCCCCCCAGCCAAAAAUAAAGAAGCCAAGAUCAAGUACUCCCGCACACCAAUCUCCUUUUCUAGCCUUGACUCAGUCGGCCAUGGUGUGAAGGAUUCUGGCCAGCCACAAUUAAAAACAGCCACCAUGACGCGGAGCGGCAGCACGCUGAGUCGAGGCAGCCGUCCACCUGAGCGUGUCCAGUGUCCUGUGGCGCCCGCUCUCUCUCAUGGAUCGUCCCUCACCUCACUUAAUGACAAGUCUAUUGCUUCGAGUUUCGGUAAGGCUGUUCCGCCUCCUGUAGUGCCCAGCUGGCCCACCAGCCCUGAGGUUGACAUCAUCAGCACGCUGGGAAUUGACGGACCACCUCCUCCACCCCCACCAAUGGAGGCAGAGGGCGAACAGGAUCUUGGACAGGAGACCGGUCCACCCCCACCUCCACCACCUCCUCCCCUUGACUGUACCAACAUCCCCCCGCCCCCUCCUAUGCCCUCCUCAGUGAAUACACCUGAUCCCAGCAGCCUGAUGAACAUACCACCUCCUCCACCAGCUCCACCUCUCGAAACAGUGGCUGAGGAGAAUGGAUUUCCUCUACCAGAAGUUCCCUUUGACAUGCUUCCUCCACCAGCCCCGGAUGGCCUUGAUCUUCCAAUCCCACCGCCUCUGCCUGGUGAUGAGAACAUUGAAGCUCCGCGCUCUCGCCGGUCACGGGUGCGACGUCAUCCUCCUAGCACUCGCUCGCUAUCUCUGAGGGUCCGUAUGGGCCCCAGCACUCGCUCGCUGUACACACGCUCGCUUUUUCUGCCUUCUGCUCAAUCACUCAUGAUACCCCCACCCCCUCCAUACCCGCCUCCUCUGGCACCGCCUGUUUCAUUCAGCCCAUUGUGCAGGAUCCCUGCCCGUCUGGAGCACCUGGACCUUGAGAUUCCAGCACCACCUCCAUCUCCACCAGUAGGAUGCUUUGACAAUUUUGAGGAAUUGCCCCCUCUACCUCCUCCCAUUGAUUACGACAUCACUGCACCAGCUGACUAUUUGGAGAAGGUGGUGGCACUAUAUAACUACGACACCGGCAAGCCAGACGACCUGGUCUUUCAGGAGGGCGACAUUAUCUACGUCACCAGCAGGAAUGAGGAUGGCUGGUGUGAGGGCGUUCUGAAUGGAGAAAAGGGAUUUUUUCCUGGCAACUAUGUGGAGUCCACUGCUUAACUGGUCAUAAGAAGCCACAAUGUCAGUGAUUGAAUUAUUGAGACCUAAGGUGCCUUGUAUUCGCAUGUUUCAAGUGAAAUCAACUGUGUGAUUAGAGCUGCUGAAGUUUUUAAAACACGCAGACUGAUUCCAGCAGAGAUGAGUUUGUGUUUUAAAGGUUUACUUCAGUCCUAAAUAAUAAUGAUGAUAAUUGAUCUCUCAGGACUUUAAGUUAUAAUCUUAAUGUACAACAUCUUAAGAAACAUUUUUAUACGUUUAGCUGUAUUUGAUAAGUUCACAAAGUAGAGGUGAAUAGUGGCUGGUUAUUUGGUUAAUUCUGUAAAUCAUAUUUUCAGUGUUUGUUUGAAUAGGCUAUUGUGCAGAGAAAAUUACUGAAAUAAUAUAUAAUAAAAGAUAUGUAUAAUAUAUUAUAA